CAAACAUAGUCUGAAUAAUGAAACUGUAAUUCGUAUUUUUUAAGCUGUUUAAUUAAUCAAAUAUGAGUAAAAAAGAGUGUGUUACUUUAAAGUGUAUUGUUCUUGGAAUUUUAAAGUUUAUUUGCCUUUACAAAGGUCUACAUUUGUCAAAAGGACAUUUAGCUUUUAAAGGGAUAAGCUUUGUCGUAGAAAUCAUAAGUUUGUGUUUUCUGCCUGGAUAUAACAGAAGCAAAGAAAUAAACGACACUGCAGGAUUAAAUGCAUUUUACAGCUUUGUUUUUAACGCUAUAGCAACUGCAAAUUCGCACUACAAUGAUUUGAAAGACAUUAAGGAUAUGUGUUCCAUCUGCUUUGUGGUAGAAGCUGUCUUGAUCUUCAUGAUGUUUUGCUGCUGCUCCGAAGAAGAAGAAAGACACAAAUCAACCGCAUUAAAAGAAACGGCAUGAACUAAUCGUGACAACCGAAUUAAAGGCCCAUUAUGCAUCAGAAUUGUUGUCAAUUUUAUUUCUCAAAAACAUUUUUAGUUUUGAUAUCUUGUUACAUCUUUUAAAACAGAAAAACUGGUUUGAAUAAUAUGUAUUAACAUUUUUGCCACUUUUUUCUGUUGGUAAUUGGUAUAAUUAUAGCAAAAAAGUAUUUUGUAUGGAAGUAAAACUACUACUUUGUUUACAUUUUGCUACCUUUGCGACACAACACGGCAUUCUUCAGUUGAAACAACUAAAUAUAUUAUAAAAGCAUGAUUAAAUAAAUGAAAUUUCCAAAGAAUUAUAAAUAUAGAUUUCUGAGGCAUAAAGUGCCUUUAAAUUGCUGUUUGGCAUUUAUUUACUGCCUUUCUUUUUUUACCUUCUCUUUUUGAAAUUAAGAUUAAUAUGCUUAAUUGUCUAAUACAAUAUGAAAGACUUAUAUUAAAUUCUAGCAUAUAUUUUUUAAUAACUUGUAUUCAAUAAGGCUACAAAUCACUUGCAAAUAUGAGAAACCAACCAGACCAGACUUACUAAAUGAAA